UGUGUGCCGCUGAUAACUUGUCAGAAGCCGACGUGUAAUUACUGUAAUUCUGCAAAAAUCCCAUCUCAAGCGGCUUCUUGUCCAGGUAGAUCCUCACGAAUUGUAAUUUCGGCUCCUCACUAAAGCACUGUGAAGUUAUAGUUCAUCCUCCGUCUUAUAAGGAUCCUGAACAUCAAACAUGUCUCCAACCAAGCAGUCACAAUUGAACAUACAUUUUCGCGUCACAAGGAGUGGCACUCCAAAAGGCAAACGCAACAAAGAGAAUGACAAUACUCCUUGUAAGAAACCAGCCCCAGUCGCUACCCCCUACAAGUUAACCUCCGAAGCAGAAAAUUACGUCCACAUUGACACCCCUCGGCCACCGAAAAGGCCCUACUCUUCAUCAAAGCAGACUGCUGAAGACAUUUCACCACCCAAAGAAAAUGGAUUUAAAUUGGCCCGCAAAGUCCUUCAUGGAAGUGCCACAUCAUCCUUACCUGGGCGAGACAAGGAACUAAAUGAAAUGAGAUCAUUUUUGGAAUCCCAUUUAGAAAAUGAGACCUCCGGAGCAAUGUAUGUUUCUGGCCAACCUGGGACAGGAAAAACUGCAUGCCUCACACAUCUGUUGACAGAAGAAAAGAUAAAGUCAAAUUUCAAAAUUGUGUCGGUGAAUUGUUCCUACAUGCAGUCUGCAGUUGCGAUUUAUGGUAGGAUAUGUGAAGAACUUUCUCUGAAAGUUUCCGGCAGAUCUGAAAAAGAAUAUUUGACGAAGAUUCGGAAGUACCUGAUCAGUGAACAUAAAAUGAUUCUAUUGAUACUUGACGAAAUCGAUCAAUUGGAGACCAAGAAGCAGAACGUUUUGUACUCAAUUUUUGAAUGGCCCUCAUUACCGGAUGCCAAGCUGGUCUUAGUUGGUAUAGCCAAUGCCUUAGAUUUAACUGACCGAGUUUUGCCACGACUGCAAGCCAAGCUUGAAAAGCAACCGCAGCUGCUUCACUUUGCACCGUACACAAAACAACAGAUUAUUGAUAUCAUUUGCGAAAGAUUUAAAGAGGGUAAUAUCUCAUAUUUAUUUGAUGACAAUGCUUUAAAUUUACUCGCGGCCAAAGUAGCAGCAGUCUCAGGUGAUGUGCGUAAAGCAUUGGAUGUUGCUAGAUGCGCAGUAGAUUUAGCUGAGAACAAAUCCAAAAGCUCUGUUUUACAACCAAGCUCUAACAAUGUUUCAAGCAGCAGCGUUGCUUCCCUUGACAAAAUUGAAUUAAAAGAAGUCCUGACGACCAUCAAUUCCGUUUACGGAACGAGUCAAGUUUUGAACGCUGUGACUGGUUCGCAACCAUCUCUACCUCUUCAGCAACAGUUGAUAGUUUGUUCUCUCCUUCUCAUGAUGGACCAUGAAACCAAGAAACUGGACAUCACAUUAGGAAAGUUGUAUGAUGUGUUCCGCAAAGUCUGCUCAAAGCAAAGGCUUGGUGGUGUCGAUUUAUCCGAGUUCAUCUCCCUUUGCGAUCUUGUUCAAGCCCGAGGAAUCCUUAAAAUUCACAGCAAAACUCGUAAUCGACAGUCAAAGGUAAGCUUGCAGUGGGACAAGGAAGAACUGAUGGCAAUUUUACAAGAUAAGACGCUGCUAUCAGAUAUCCUAGCAGAUAAGAAAGUCCUGUAUGAUAAGUAAAGAGACCUUCAAUGAAUCAAAAUUUUAGGUUAAUUACUCUGACAUUCCUAUUAUUUAAUUAUUUCGUCCUCAUUUGAGGAGUUGAAUAGUAUUGAAAAUGGUUUUAUACUUUUUUAUCGAGGAAGUAUCCUUAGAAAUGUUCGCAUGAUCUCGACUAAUUAUUUUUCGUGCAUUUUUAAUCUACUUUUAAAAGUUGCAUGCCUGAGUGAAUGCUCAACAAUUUUUGUUUAAAAAUGCUCAAAUUGUUUAGAUAAUAUUUUAUUUAAUAAAACAGGUGACAGUCAAGAAAUGAAUAGACCCUGGAGGUCAUAAAAUUCACAAAUAGUCAUUAUCAAAUGUUCACUCAUUUUAAAAUAAGACCAAAAAGUAGAGACAAUUUUUUCUUCCUGAGUCAAAAGACAAGAAAAACUUGAAAUCUAUUUAACUUGUCAGUAGGUAUUAAGUUGUAACUAUUUUAUACAGUUACAUUGACUUUCAUUAAUUAGUGUAAAUAAUUAGGGAAUAUGACCCAUCUGCGCCCUGUAACCUCAUUAGUAUUUGGCACUUUUAGAUAGUUUGUUUGACUUAUUAAGAUACUUAUCCUUUGAAUUUUAAAUUCAUCUGUACUCCGAAAUUUUGAUGCAUUUACCUCUCUAGAAUGUUUCGGCUUUAAUAUGAUUCUUCAGAAAACGUAGGUUAACAUCAAGAUAUCAUGCACACUCGAAUAAAAUACCGAUUUAAUGUUCAAGUUCAAGCUACUAUUGAAUCUGUUACUUCCUGAGGUAUCUAUCAGCUAUUUUCUCUGUAAAAGUGGCCUUUUAAAAUCCUUGAUUGAAAUGACAAAUAACCAAACAAAAACGUUCAGUUUGAUUUAAUCAAAUUAAGAGUUUUUUUAGUUCAUGUUUGGAUAGUUGUAGCCCAUGUAAUCUAAUGUUCCUCAAAAAAUAUUUUGGCGAAAGAAAAUCGAAAUUUGCUGCUGAACAAAAUAAAGUAAUGGAAAAUGUAUACACAAACAUUUUAUUGCUUCAUCUGAGAGUGCCUAAUGAGCUGAGUUCGCA